AUGGCUGAAGACAUCUUGCGCCGCCUGCGAAAGCAAAUCACAAUUGUGGAUUUCAGAGCAGAAAUCUACAAAAAGGCGUUGAUAAUGAUUAGGGAUAUGUGCACAGAAACCGCAACCGAUGUCCUUGACCAACUGGGCAUGUCAUCAUCAAGCCGAUCUGCUGCUGCUUCCUUACAUGUGGAUUUACCUCGUGAGGAAAACUACAACACCCUUGAACUUCUGCCAUACCUGCAGUCACACAUUCCCAAGCUAACACCGGAGCAGAAGGGCAUUUACGAUGAAAUUAUGCGAACUGCCAAUAACGGGGUUGGAGGAAUGUUCUUCCUAGACGCGCCAGGAGGGACUGGCAAAAAGUUCCUCCUACGACUGAUUCUGACGGCAAUUCGAUCCAAAUUGACAUAA